AUGCGAGCAGUGGAAUCUAUCGGGGAAUUAACAACGCGCUGGCUACCCCCGCGAGACCUGUAUUUCGAAGAAUCCAAUUCUCCGGAAGUCGAUUUGCUAAUAGGAUGCGAUGUGCCGGAAGCACCCUUGGUCCUAGACCAGAGACUUGGCGACAGAAAAGAACCAUAUGCUGCUCGCACCAUUUUCGGGUGGACGUUGUUUGGACCGCCACAUGCAACGAACCGUAAACCAUUGUCGGUUAACUUCACUAUCAAUACCGCUGGCAACGGAUCAAUCGAACAAGUUCUCCAAAGCAUGUACGAUAAUGAGUUCGACGACUUGAACGAUCAGAAAGGGGGCUCUUCCGUAGAAGACAACCAGGCGUUAGCAAUAGUCGAAACGGGGACACCACGCCAGCCCGACCGGUUCGAGGUGCCGUUGCCAUAUAGGACGGGAUACGACCGAUUGCCCAACAACCACGGGAUAGCCCUAAAAAGGUUAGAGUAA